AUGCGCGCAAGCAACCCACCACGGCGACCGAGCUGGCUCUGGCUCGCCGCCUGCACCGCGCUCGUCCUCGUCAUUGCGACCCUCCCCACCUCGCUCGCCGUAAAGCGCCACGACUUCAAGACCUGCGCCCAGUCGGGCUUCUGCAGGCGCAACAGGGCCUUGGCCGACCGCGCCACCGAGACGGCCACCGCGUGGCACUCGCCCUACGCCCUCGCCGCACCACCUCGGUUCGCUCGCGGCACCCUCUCGGCCGCUGUCACCAACCGCCUGUUCCCCGCCGUCCAGUUCCGCCUCGAGGUCCGCUUCCACCGCGACGGCACGGCGCGCGUCGUCAUGGACGAGGUCGACGGCCUCCGCCAGCGGUACAACGAGGCGGCCCGCUGGGCCCUCGUCCAAGAGCCGCACGUCGACGACAACGGCGACGACGAGCGCUUCUCGGUCCGCAACGACGAGCGCUCGACCUCGGUCACGUACGGCGCCGGCCACAACGAGCUCCGCCUCGACCACGCGCCCCUCGCCGUCACCUUCCUCCGCGACGGCCAGCCGCACGUCGUCCUCAACGAGCGACAGCUGUUCAACAUGGAGCACUUCCGCGUCAAGACGGUCGGCGACGAGCCCGACGAGCUCGUCGUCCAGGACCCGGAGCACCCGGGCGAGCAGCGCGUCAUCGUCAAGGACGAGGCGUUCCCGGGCUUCCUUCCGCCCGACGACGACGGCAUGUGGGAGGAGACGUUCGGCGGCAAGACGGACAGCAAGCCCAAAGGGCCCGAAUCGCUCAGCCUCGACAUCACGUUCCCCGGCUACGAGCACGUGUACGGCAUCCCCGAGCACGCCUCGACCCUCAGCCUGAAGGAGACGAGGGGCGGCGAGGGCGCGUACACGGACCCCUACCGGCUCUACAACCUCGACGUCUUCGAGUACGAGGCCGACUCGGAAAUGGCUCUCUACGGCUCGAUCCCGUUCAUGCAGGCGCACCGCCCCGGGUCGUCCGUCGCCGUCUUCCUCGUCACGGGCGCCGAGCUGUGGGUCGACGUCACCAAGUCGACGACGACCAAGGGCGUCACGUCGGCGUACAAGAAGAACAAGUCGCGCUCGUCGACCGACGGCGGCCCGUCGAGCACGACGACGUCGACGCACUGGAUGGCCGAGUCGGGCAUCCUCGACCUGUUCGUCUUCCUCGGCCCGUCGCCGACCGACAUCUUCCAGGCGUACUCGUCCCUGACGGGCAAGGCGCCCAUGCCGCUCCUGUCGGCCCUCGGCUACCACCAGUGCCGCUGGAACUACCUCGACGAGCAAGACGUCCUGUCGGUCCAGCAGCGCUUCGACGACGCCGACGUCCCGCUCGACUUUGUCUGGCUCGACAUCGAGUACAGCGCCGAGCACAUGUACUUCCUGUGGGACCGCCGCAACUUUCCAACGCCCGAGAAGAUGCAGCACGAGCUCGCCGCUCGUGGCCGCAAGCUCGUCGCCAUCGUCGACCCGCACCACAAGCGCUCGGACGACUACUACGUCUUUACCGAGGCCAAGGAGCUCGACAUCCUGUGCAAGCAGCCUGACGGCAAGACCGACUUUGAGGGGUGGUGCUGGUCGGGCUCGAGCGCCUGGGUCGACUGGUUCAACCCGAAGAGCCACGAGUGGUGGUCGAACCUCUUCUCGUUCGACAAGUUCAAGGGCUCGACGCCGUCGCUGCAGAUCUGGAACGACAUGAACGAGCCGUCUAUCUUCAACGGGCCCGAGAUCACGAUGCAGAAGGACGCUGUGCAUCAUGGUGGGUGGGAGCACCGCGACGUCCACAACAUCAACGGCAUGAUUUUCCAAAACCUCACGAUGCAGGGCCUCAUCCGGCGCGAGGACCCGCCAAAGCGCCCGUUCGUCCUCACGCGCGCCUACUUUGCCGGCUCGCAGCGGUUCGGCGCCAUGUGGACCGGCGACAACAUGGGCGACUGGCCGCACCUGCAGAGCACCGUCCCGAUGCUCCUCACCAACAACAUUGCCGGCCUCGCGUUCUCGGGCUCCGACGUCGGCGGCUUCUUCGGCAACCCGCCGCCCGAGAUGAUGACUCGGUGGCACCAGGUCGGCGCGUUCUCGCCGUUCUUCCGCGCACACGGCCACAUCGACACCAAGCGCCGCGAGGUCUACCUCUACGACCAGCCGUUCCAGGGCAUCAUGCGCGACGCCAUCCGCCUCCGGUACUCGCUCAUGCCGGCGCUCUACACGGCCUUCUACGAGAACACGCUCUCGGGCGUCCCGAUCCUGAGGCCGCAGUACGUCGUCUUCCCCGACGACGCCAAGGGCCUUGCACUCGACGACCAGUUCUACUUCGGCGGCUCGGGCCUGCUCGUCAAGCCCGUCGUCGAGGAGGGCGUCACCUCGCAGGAGAUCUACAUCUCGGACGACCAGCCCUACUACCACUACCUCACCCACGAGCUCUACUUCGGCGCCUCGCACGGCGGCGCUCACGUCAAGGUGCCCGCCCCGCUCGAGUCGAUCCCGAUCCUGCACCGCGGCGGCCACAUCCUCCCUCGUCGCGACCUCGUCCGCCGCGCCGCUGCACUCGCGUGGAAGGACCCGAUCACGCUCGUCGUCGCCGUCGACCUCUCGGGCUCGAGCGCCAACGGCUCGCUGUACCUCGACGACGGCGAGUCGUUCGCGCACGCGCGCGGCGACUACGUGUACCGCGACUUUGCGCUCGGCCCGCAGAGCAAGGGCGCCAAGGCGCUCACGCUCCGCAACCGCCCCAAGGACGGCUACGAGCCGACCAACGCGUACGCCCAGUCGAUCGCCGAGGUCAAGGUGCGCGAGGUCGUCGUCCUCGGCCUGUCGUCCAGGCCAACCUGUGUUCGCGUCGCGGGCUCAAGUGUCGGGCUCGACUUUGAGUGGAAGGACGGCGCGAGCGCGACGAGCUCGCGUCGCUCGUCCGGCAAGAGCGCGAGCGUGCUCGUCGUCAAGGACGCCGACGCCGCCAUCGUCGACGACUGGGACCUCGUCUUCUCGUUCGACGCCUCGGCCUCGUGCUCGACGACGCCCGCCAUCGACUACGACGCGCAGCUCGCGUCGCCCGAGUGCCCGGCCGGCCAGUUCCUGUGCCGCAACGAGGGCCACAUCCCGGCGUGCAUCCUGCGCUCGCGCGUCAACGACGGCGUGUGCGACGACCAGUGCUGCGACGGCUCGGACGAGUGGGACGGCAAGGCGCUGUGCCCGAACCGGUGCAAGGCCGUCGGCGACCAGUUCCGCAAGGACCGCGCCGAGGCCGAGCGCAAGCGUCGCGUCGGCGCCAGCAUCCGCAACGACUACAUCAAGCACGGCGCCAAGGACAAGGCCAAGCUCGAGGCCGAGGUCGCCAAGGUCGAGCGCGAGCUGUCGGUGCUGCAAGAGCGCGAGGACGCGGCUCGGCUCGCCCUCGAGACGCUCGAGAACGCCGAGGCCGGCGAGAUCCAGCGCAAGAAGGACAGCCAGCUGUACGAGCGCAUCGUCGAGAUGCAGGACGCGAUCAAGGCGCUGCGCACGCACCGCGCCAACCUCGAAGGCCACAUCGCCGACCUGAGCGAGAUCAUGACCGGCCUGGCUCGCGACUUCAACCCGAACAACCAGGACAUGGCCGUUCUCGGCGCGACUCGGGCGUACGCCGACUGGCGCAAGGCCAACGGCCUCGAGGUCGACUUUGAGGUCUACGGCGUCCAGGCGCAAUCUGACGUCAACGAUGUGCCCGAGGCGCCGCCUGUCGCCAAGCCUGUCGAGGUCGAGGAGCCCGUCCGCGAGUUCUCGGACGACGACCUCAAGCAGCUCGAGAGCGAGGACCCGCUCUCGCUCAUCGACUCGGUCAACCUGCGUGUCGGUCAGCCGCUCACGUCGGGCGUCACAAGCAUCUUCCGCAUCGAGGACUACCUCCCCGACAAGUGGCGUCCCGCCUACGACGGCUACAAGCAGACUCUUCUCGAGCUCCUCUCGCGCACCGGCAUCAUCUACGCGCCCGGCCCGUCGUCCUUCGCCGGCUCCGACCACCCGGACCUUCUUCGCGCGCGCACGGCGCACACCGACCUCGUCAACGAGAUCAGCCGGGUUGAGGGCAAGCGCGACGAGGCGCGCAAGGCGCUCGAGAAGGACUGGGGCCGCGACUGGGAGUGGAAGAAGCUCGACGGGACGUGCGUCGAGCAGAACACGGGCGAGUACACCUACUCGCUCUGCUUCUUCGGCGAGGCGUCGCAAAAGUCGAACAACAACAACGCCCGCACGAGCCUCGGCCGCUUCAAGGGUUGGGCGAGCGACGUCGAGCAGGGCACCGACGCCUACUACGGCAAGCAGCUCUACGCCGACGGCCAACGCUGCUGGAACGGCCCGCUGCGGUCCGCAAAGGUCGACCUCGAGUGCGGCACGUCGAACGCGCUGCUGCAGGUCAUCGAGCCGGAAAAGUGCGAGUACUUGUUCCGGGUGGCGACGCCGGCGGUCUGCUGGCCCGACGACGACGGCGGCGAGCAGGUCAAGGACGAGCUGUAGCGCAUCGUCGAGCCUCUUUCGGAAUGACAAAGCCUUUAGAUGUCUCUCUCU